AGCACAUGUACGGAGUUCCGCAUCGAUUCACAACUUGAAAUUGAGACGGGGUUUUAUGUGGUUCUGUCACUGAUAUAUAACCUUACUUGUGAGCGUUUGAACCUUGGCUCCAGACACGUUUCUAGUAGCCUUCGCCAUCCGCCUCAUACGCCAUUGAUCAAGGGCUACUAUGUUGUCCUUCCCAGACGGCCUGCGUCUCCCCACAGCUAGGGUACCACUCACAACCGCGACCUUCGUUUCUGGUGUCCUUCCACCAGUCGUAUGUGGCUUCGCCACAGCUUUUCUUGUCUUGCUUUCCCGAACGCAGCCAGUCCGCAUUGUCUUAUGGCCCAUCACAGCGAUCCUCGCUUUUCGCGCUGCGACGUCGCUAGAUGUGUCCAUGGGACAACCGAAAUAUAACUUCUUGAAUACGCAGCUUCAAGUGAGUUCCCGUCGUACUCGCAUUAACUGCUACAGCGUUGAACUUAUCCUUCAGCAAACCAUGUUUUUUAUUGCUGCACGCACCCUUGAAUGGACGCUGCAGACAAAACCUUUUAUUCGCAUGGCUCGGCGAUCGUCAAAACAAAAUUCCGUGCUCGACAUGUUUGAUUUGAUAUUUAGCGUUCGAGGUUGUGGCUGGGACUGGUCGCAGGGACUGUACAUCCCGCCUGAGACGCAUCCUACAUCCUCACGAUUGGCCUUUGCUGCGUCCACUCUCGUCUCUGGUCUAAAGCACUUGUUUCUUUGCGGCGCGAUUCACUCUGCCGUGCAGUCCUUUUCACCAGAGACAUUUGGUUCUGUUGAUGGCGGUACCAUCUUUGACCAAUCACUUCCCCCGCACCUCCGUUAUCUACGGUCGAGCAUCAUAGCAACGCUAUGCGCAUUCUGCAUCUAUUCAGGACUCCAAACCUGUUACGAGCUCACCGUAAUUCCUUGUGUACUGUUAUUAAGGCAACAUCCAGACCAAUGGCCCCCCUCAUUCGACUCUCCCUGGCGCUCCACUUCUCUCAGAGAUUUCUGGAGCCGACGCUGGCACCAGUGGUUACGUCGGCUAUUCAUUUUCUUCGGUGGACGGCCACUUUCUUUGCUCUUUGGGCGCGUCGGGGGCGUCAUAGGCGCGUUCCUCGUCUCUGGUUUUUUUCACCACCUCGCACUAUCCGCCAUUGCCCCGUCCUCGGAAAUGUGGCGCAUGGUGCUGCCAUUUGGAAUGAUGGGCGUUGGCAUGAUUAUCGAGCGUGCUGUUGCGGGGAAUCAGACAGGUGGCUGGAUGGGAUGGAUCUGGACGAUGUGCUGGAUGGUGUUGUGGGGGAAUGUGAUGGUGGAUGGGUGGGCAAGAGCUGGGAUGUUUGGCGGUUCGACCAUUUUGGAUAGUACGAUGCCUUUAAGACAACCGAUCGAGCGGUUGGUGAGGACGUUUGACGAGUAUCUACAUGCAUAAAUAUUGAUCGAGUAGCCGAUACUA